GAGACUACUGGUUCUGUUCCUCAUCGUCUUAAAGGAAGCCAAGCAGACAGCAGCCUGCAACACAAGUUGCCCAUUAGACUGCUCCUGUAGCAAUAAAAACCUCAGCAGCGUUCCUCAGUAUCUGCCUAGAAAUAUCACUAAGCUUUACCUGAGAGGAAAUGUCAUCACAACCAUGACUCCUUAUGCAUUCUUAAGAUAUAGGAGUCUGAUUCAUCUAGAUCUGUCCUCCAACCGAAUUACCUACAUCCAGUCUGCCACAUUCUCCAAUCUAAUACAGCUUCAAAGUUUAAGUCUGCACAACAACAAAAUAGCUAACAUCCAGGCUGAUGUAUUCUCUGGUUUGUCACAGCUCCAAUGGCUGCACUUGCAGAAGAACCAAAUAAACAGCAUUGAACCUGGUGUGUUUUCAGGUCUACUACAGCUCCAAAAGUUGUUUCUUCAUGACAACCAACUAACCAACAUUCUUCCAGGCACUUUCUCAAAUCUACCACAGCUGCAAAGAUUGCAACUGUACAACAACAAGAUAGCUAACAUUCAUGCUGAUGCGUUCUCAAGCAUGCCACAGCUCCGUUCCCUGCAACUGCAGCACAACAAAAUAACUAAUAUUUAUCCCGGAACGUUUUUAAAUCUACCACAACUACAACAUUUAUUACUAUAUCACAACCAACUAACCAACAUUCUUUCAGGCACUUUCUCAAAUCUACCACAGCUACAAAGAUUGUCUCUGUCCAACAACAAAAUAACCGACAUUCGCCCUGGUUCUUUCUCCAAUCUGCCACAACUAGUCAUGUUAAAUCUGCGCGACAACCAGAUAGCGACUCUGCCCUCCCAAUUGUAUGCCGAGUUGUCACCCAUCUCUCUAUUGAAUAUCCAAAACAAUCCUUGGCAAUGCGACUGUAGGGUGGCGGCCUUCAGGCUUAGGAUGAGUGGGUCUCACUCAUUUGAACGUCAGAUUAUUUGUUCUCAACCAGUCAACUUACAAGGGCAAAAAUUAAGCGAUAUCAAUCCCGAAGAUCUGAUCUGUGUAGAACCAAGCAUUCUAAGCUUUCACAGGGGUGACGAUAACACAUUUGUGCAGGAGCCGACUGUUCAAUUGGCCUGUCAGGCUUCAGGAAUUCCCUCACCCGACAUCACAGUCAUUCUUCCAUCUGGGCUGACUGUGAGUGUUGAGUCAGAAGGGAGGGUGACUGUGGGAGUGAAUGGUACCAUCACCAUAACCAAUGUUACUGCAGCAGAUGCUGGUCCGUAUGUCUGUACUGCAGCAAAUCAUGCUGGCUCCACAUCUGCCACACUAUCUGUUAAUGUCCAGUUGAAUGUGCCCACGACGAUCUCUUCACCUCUUUCCACAUAUACAGAUACCACUGGACCAGGUACUUCAACCUACCCUACGGACAACAGCUACCUUGAACCUUCUCCCACUUUCUCCCUACUUGAUGCCCAGUUGAAUGUGCCCACGACAAUCGCGUCUCCUCUUUCUACAUAUACAGAUACCACUGGAACUGGUACUUCAACCCAUCCCACGGACAAUACUAGUAGCUACCUUGUAUCUUCUCCCAUUUCCUCCCUACCUGAUGCCCGUGUGAAUGUGCCCACGACAAUCGCUUCACCUCUUUCUACAUAUACAGAUACCACUGGUACUUCAAUCCAUCCGACGGACAACAGCUACCUUGUAUCUUCUCCCACUUUCUCCCUAUCUGUUCUUGUUCAUCAUUUGCCGUCCCAAGAGCCUGAACUUGAUCCAAGUCUCUCCCUGUCUGUUCUCAUUGCCCUCAUCGCUACUGCAGUGACUGUUGCUGUCCUCAUUGGUUUCACCAUCUUCAUAGUAUUCUGGAAGAGGUGGACCAGGAAUCGGUCCGUUGGUCCAGACCCUGGUGUUGUUUUCAACAACACAGGCACCACGGCUACUGUAACAACUAGCGGUCAUGACCUGAUACAUCAUCAUGAUACUGAUGCCUGAUUGGCAGAUUCAAACCCAUCGUACUUCUGCCCAAAAUGGUUGUGUCUGAAAUAUUUGGAAAUGCAAAAUCACAUUCAAUCUCUGUCAGUAGUAGUUCCAAAAUGGCCGUAAUCCUUAUGCUUGCGGCUUGAGCCUGAAUGUGACCAGCAAGAACGGUAUUUCAGUGUAGCAUUCUAUGACUUCAUCAUCCCAAAAGACAUUUGAUGCCCUUUCAUGAUGAGUUUGAGGUUGGAAUGAGUCUGUAUGACCAUUUUGACACAUUUUUGCCUGGCAAUUGUUAAUAAAUAUGUUAUCAUGAAAUUGAACAAUUUAACAGUGUUUGCCAAAGUACCGUCAGAAGAAAGAUGUAAAUGAUACAGUAUGAACCACAUUUGUGAAGUAUAGAAUCAAUGCUGAACAGGAAGAUGUACGUCAAAAAAGCGUCUGAUAAAAGAAAGUCUGCAACUUGGUACACACAGUCUCAAAUUCAACUUCCCCUCUAGCCACCUCUUUUCAUAAUCAUGUCCUAUCGCUAACAUUUCACGUCGUGAUGUCUAAGGACCAAGAAUUUAUGAAACUGAUGGCAGUCUAAAGUACCAAGCUACUGGCAUGUACACAUGUAUUUACUGAACAGCUGAAGUUAACGUUACAAGCAACUGAUGUGAAAUGAUGAUACAUUCACCCUGUGCACAUCAUAGCCUUAAUCUACACUAAUCUAUAGAUGAGUAAUACAAACCUGUAGUACACGAUGUUGAACUUUCCUUAAUCGUGCGUUGUAAAAGGUAGGUUAAGUCCACACAUUGUACAUUGAACCUGUACAUAUAACGUUAUACUGUAGAUAUUGCCUAGAAGGGAAUGUGUACUAGGCUGGCUGAAGCUGAUAGGCAGAGUUUAGUUUAUGAUUUGUAUUAACUUGGCUGACGCAAUCUUAUCAUUACCUUUGAAUAUACAAAAUAUUUUAUACAUAGUACCUGCUACCUGAUUUGGUGUACCUGCUACAUAUUAUUUGAUCAAAAUUGUAGAAUCGACCAAUUCUUUUCCGUUAUUUUAACAGACAAUCGAAAUAUACCUUCAUAUAUGUAUAUAAUGUAAUAUUAUCAUGUUACUUUUAGUGCAUAACUUGGCAUGCCGAGGUUGAAGUUCGUUUAUUGUACAGAGAGACUGAAUUGAAGGCUAUUUCGUAGUGAUAUUUUCAUAUUCACAGAUACCAUUCAUGGUAUUCAGAUUUUUGUUCGCAUGUUCAUAUCGCACGUGUUGAGUGUAGGAUGU